AUGCCAACCACUUCUAAAACUUAUAGCCUUCUUCUUCUCGGUGACGUAAUGAUCGGUCGUCUCAUCGAUGCUCUGCUGCCCACCAGCAUAGCUCGCCAGUCGCCACAUUCUGACCCCGAAUCAGCCGCAUUGACAGUUGACAAGCACAUUCUUCUACGUUACCCCCAACUAAAAUCAUAUGGCUACCUCUCACCGUGGGGGAACAGUACCGAGUUGAUUCGAAAGUCGGAUCUUGUGCUUGCGAAUCUGGAAACAGCCGUAACGAAAAGUGAGAAGAAGUGGCCGAAUAAAGUGUUCAACUACCGCACUCACCCUGGGAAUGUUCAGUGUUUGACGGAGGUGGGAAUGGGUGAUAGGACAAGAAGAGGCUUUGUCAGCUUGGCGAACAACCAUACGCUAGACUGGGCCGUCGAGGGUCUACAAGAAACCGUCAUGACGUUGGCCGAUAAUGGCAUAGAGUUUGCAGGGGCCGGAAGGACAGAGGAAGAGGCUCACAGACCCGCCACACUGCAACUCGGAGGCGCUGACGGCUGGCAUGUUAAGUGCUGGAGUUUUGCAGACCAUCCGAGCGAGUGGGAGCUCGUGAAUGCCUUCAACUACAUCGAGUACACGGGAAAAGGGAGGGACAUUAUAAAAGGACAGCUCCUGGCGAAAGGUCCCGGCGGAGGAGAGGGAAGGCUCGGCUUGAAAGUUGUGUCGAUGCACUGGGGUCCAAACUAUCGCUGGCAUCCCGCAAAGGAAAUUGUUGACCUGGCGCAUUGGAUGAUUGAUGAGUGUGGUGUGGACAUAAUUCAUGGGCACAGCAGCCACCAUUUUCAGGGCGUCGAGAUAUACAAAGGGAAGCUGGUGGUCUAUGGCUGUGGAGACUUCGUCGACGAUUAUGCGAUUGAGCCUAAUUUCAGAAAUGAUUUGAGUGCGAUAUGGAAGGUUUCCGUCGAGGAGAGAACAGAAAAGACCAAAGGUGAAAGCGAGCUUGAGGUAAAGAGGCUGGAGGUCUAUCCCAAUAGAAUCGAACGGUUCCAGGCACGCUUAUUGAAGAGAGACGAUCCAGAUCAUGAAUGGGUGGAGCAGACAUUCAGAAGGCUGUGUGACCAGUUUGGAACUCAAGUCGAGAAAGACCUGGGGGAUGAAGGGCAGAUCGUUGUGCAGGUCAGGACCUAA